AUGGACACACUCGGAGCCGCCAAAGGCCAUCGCAAGCCCAAGGCCGGCGCGAAGGUGAACAAACAGAAGCGCAAAGCGUUCGAGAAGCAGAAGAAGGCGCAGCCGUCCCUCGCUGAGCAACGCAAGAACCCCAAGGCUUUUGGCGUCGCGAAGGCUGGGCGGGCGCGCAAGACCAUUAAGCGCAACUUGGACCGUGCCCAUCGGAAAGAGCAUGUCCAGCAACAGGAUUGUGGUCUUUGGCUGCUCCCCUUGUAA